CGGGAUUUUUGAGGAGGGAGGGAAAAUGGGGAGGAGCGGUGGUUGAAGUGGAGUGGAAGCGAGAGAGUAAUUAAUCAUGGAGGGAUUUCAUUCAUUCACCGUCAGGUCGCGUGGAAGAAAGUCUCCAUUUUGCGUACCGGAUUAAUCUUCUUCCUCUCCCUCCCCGGCCCGCAACAGCAACGCCACCCCAUCUCCCACUCCCAUAUAGCCGCCAUCCCUCUCCACCCUCCCAGCCCACUUCUCUCGGCGUGCGCGCGCGCUCCCUUCGUGUCGCUGUGGCCUGCCAGUGUAAGUUACAGUUUACAGCAGCUGCUGCCUGCUUUGCUAGUGCCGUGGAUCCUGGCUUGUCUCCUUUGUGGAUAGCCGUGUUUGAUUGGGGGCGUGCGUGUCGUGCGCUUGGGGGUUGGCGCGGCAGUACAUGAGGAGGAGGAGGAGCGGAGGGAGGAGGAAGGCUGGGGAAGGAGGCGCUGGGGCUGCUGGGCUGCGUCGAUGAGGUGGUGGCGGCGGUGGCGUCGACGUGGGGGCCCAUGACCGGUGGCCGCGUGGAGGCGGCGCCGAGGCUCGCGCAAUGGCGCGUCGACGCGCUCCCGUGCUACACCUACCGCAAGUCCGACCCCUUCCGCGUCGGCCUCUGGAACUGGUACCUAUCUGUGGAGAGAAACAACAAGCAAACUUGCGUUAAGCUCUUUGCAGAGUUGUCAAAUUCUGCCAAGAACACGGUCCCAGCUCCUAUAGCUUCCUUUGUCACGAAACUUUUGAUAUCCUUUCCUCCUAAUGAAAAGAUCAUAGUGCAUCCAGGAAUCUUUGACAAGCAUCUGAAACAUGACGGUUUUGUGUGGGCGAUUGAUAGUACUGUUACAGGAAGGUUUGUGAUCGAGAUUGAGUUUCUCGACCUGAAAGUUCCAGAUCCAUCUGGUGGUGAACCUGCCUCAGUUUGGGCGUCACACCAGAUCAAGCAGUCUUCAGAUAAUACCGCCCUGUCUUCUCUCACUCGGAUGCUGCAAGAAUGCAUCCUCACUGACAUCACAAUCAACGCCACUGACGGCAGCAUUCGCGCCCACCGUGCAAUCCUGGCCGCCCGUUCACCCGUCUUCAGGAGCAUGUUCUCGCACGACCUCAAGGAGAAAGGGCUCUCCACGGUCGACAUCUCCGACAUGUCCCUGGACGCAUGCAGGGGCUUCCUCAACUACGUCUAUGGUGACCUGCGCAAUGAGGAGUUUCUCACCCACAGGCUGGCCCUCCUCGGGGCUGCCGACAAGUACGACAUCGCUGAUCUCAGGGAGGCGUGCCACGAGAGCCUGCUGGAAGACAUCGACACGGGCAACGUGAUCGAGAGGCUCCAGGUGGCGCACCUGUACCGGCUGCCAAGGCUCAAGGAGGGCUGCUUGAGGUUCCUGGUCGACUUCAGGAAGGUGUACGAGAUGCACGACGACUUCAACGCCUUCCUCCAGACGGCGGACAGGGACCUGGUGGCCGAAGUGUUUCAAGGUGUCCUUGCGGCAUGGAGUGGCCGGUGAUGGGUUCAUUUGGGAGGGUGGUGGGAGGAUUGGCAGGCAAUUGUUCCCAGGAUUCUUGCUGAUACCAGCAUGUAAAUAGCAAGUGCAAGCCAUCUUUUGGCUGUAAAAAUGUAAUGCCUUUACCACGAUUGGAUUUUGUUCAAGUCAUAUGGUAAUUAUCUGAUUCAUGUAUAUAUAUUGUACUACUCUACAUUUUGUAACACAUCUGAUGUUCUUGGCAAUCAAGUCAUGUCAUGAUCAAAGUUC